AUGAAGGUUUUACUACAACAUACCCUCUUGGGGUUGGGUCUAUCAGGCUUAAGCUUAGCCGGGGUCGCGGGGAGAAACAUUGAAGUGAUACGGUUCCACAGCCCCGGGGGUGUAACCGCCGACUCAUUGCACAACAUUCACGUCGAGUUUCUGGACGAUCAGUUCGAAGGUCAACUGCAGCUUGUGUACGGGGAAUGCGGGAUCCAAGAUCCGACGCAGAGUCACCAUUCGAUCGGGAGCACGUUCGUGAAACGUGAAGCACAACCGGAGCGAUUCGUCUGGACCACACCAUCUGACGCACCCCAUUCAAACUGUCUACAUGCUUUCUCCGGGUCAACACUUGUGGGCCGCUCUGCUCCCAUCACGGUCUCGUCACCUGUCGAGAAGCGUGAGAGUAUCGCCGAUGUGGCAGAUGCCAUGGGACCAUGGUUUGACGGAGUGGCUUACAUGAAGUCAAAGAAGCACAGCAACGCAUUUGUAUCCAAAGCAAAGAAAUCCUCCGUUGCUAUUCUCGGUGGUGGAAUGUCCGGUUUGAUGACGAGUUUGCUGCUCGAAUCUGUUGGUAUCCAUGAUUGGCACAUCUACGAAUCAUCUGGACGUGUUGGUGGUCGUAUUCGUACCAAAUACCUCAACAACACCACUCCCGAUCAAUACCAAUACCAGGAGAUGGGACCAAUGCGAUUCCCUGUCAGUAUCACCUAUGCCGACACGAACGAGACACUCGAAAUUCAAGAUCAUCGCAUGGUCUUCCAACUCGCCAAGGUCCUCAACAAGAUGAACAACGACAAGCCAGAUCUCCAGGUCAACUUCAUCCCCUUCGUGCAGAACAGCCCCAAUGUACCUACAGCUUCUGGCGGCAACCGUCUCCCCAACGGCAGAAUCCCCAGCGUUUCCCAAGUCGCCGCCAACUCAUCACUAGUCUACCAUGCUCCCUCAUCCAACGAGACAGCUGCCGAAGAGGCAGAGUCGGCAUACGAGAACUACACCAAGCUCAACGACCGUGAAACAAUCCGCAAAAUCGCAACAAACAUGUACCAAGCCCACAAGCAAGCCGUCGAAGACGGCAUGUUCCACUGGUCCGAAGCCGGGUACCUGAAAUACGCAAUGGGCUAUGACGCCAACAUAACCAACUACGUUGCCGGCGCAGACAACUCCCCAAUCUGGGGCGAACUCUACGACGACGUCUACUUCGCUGCCACAAAAUGGCGCACCAUCGACAAGGGUCUGGAGUCCCUCCCUCGCGCAUUCUACCCCCACGUCGCAAAGAAGACAACACUCAACCGCACAAUCGACGGGCUCAUCUACAACGAGAAAUCCGGUAAGAUUGCCGUCGCAUGGCGCGACGAUCUGUUCCAGAUGGUACCUGAGACAAAGGAAUACGAUUACGCCGUCGUCGCUACACCAUUCAGCAAAGUCAGACUGUGGGAUCUACCGCGGUACUCGUCUCUCCUGAGCCGGGCAAUCUCAACCAUGAACUACAGCCCCUCGUGCAAGAUCUCGUUGCUCUACAAGACACGGUUCUGGGAACACAUGGAAGAGCCCAUCUUCGGUGGAUGUGGGUCAGUUGAUGUCCCCGGUGUCGGAAAUGUCUGCUACCCCUCCUACCAAAUGAACUCCACUGGACCCGGUGUGAUCUUGGCGUCUUAUAUCUCCGGCACACCAGCUCGGUCCACCGCUGCGUUGAGCGAGGAGGAACAUGUUGCGCUGGUCCAGCGCGCGAUGGUCGAGGCGCAUGGUGAGAUUGCUUCUGAGCAGUACACCGGUGUUUAUGAGCGUCAGUGCUGGGAGGUUGAUCAUCAUCAGGCCGGUGCUUGGGCCACUCCGCUUGUUGGACAGCAGGAGCUGUUUUUGCCUGCAUACUACCAGACGGAGUUUAAGACUAUCUUUAUUGGAGAGCAUACUAGUUAUACUCAUGCUUGGAUCUUUUCAGCUUUGGAUUCGGCUGUGCGUGGAACGACGCAGUUGUUGCUUGACCUUGGGCUGGUUGAUGAAGCUAAAGAGAUUGUUGAGACGUGGAUGGGGAGAUGGAUUAAGCUGUGA